GACCACACCUGGGAGAAGGAGAUACAAGGAAAAUGGACCCUGAACUGCUGAACCUCCCACUCGCAGUCAAGAUCCCUGUGGCACCUGGAUCCAAGCCUGUCUUCUGCAGGGGAAAGCUGGGUGAAAAGCUCCACCGGCCGCUUCCUUGUUUCACUCUGGAUGAUCCCUACUGCCACCACCUCAGCCCAGCAUACAACUGCCUGCAUGACCCCCACCUUCAGGACUACCACAAGCGCAAGGAUGUGCUGCAUUUGCUGAAGAAACGGGGCUUUGUCACCAGAGAAAACAAGCAUGGCCCCAGCCUGCCAAGAAUCACCAACACUUCCUGUCAGGGGAAGCUGCAGCCUCAAAAGCCUUCCAGCGUACCCAAGAGCCAAAAACUGGGGGCAUGCAGAAAAGGGAGAGCAGCUCUGAACAAGGGCCAAACUUACUCCAGAGCUAAGCUGGGGCAGAAGGAUGCCAGCACUGCUGCUGACUCCCAGAGGAAGCCAGAUGGCACUGACAAAGGCCUCUUGAAUGCUAUGUUUGAGCAACUAACUGCAGCAGAAGCCAAGAAGCUUGAAGAGCUGGUUGAGACUGUGGUGUACAGAGUGUUUGAGAGGUUGAAGAUUCCUAGGAAUCAGCAUAGCAGCUUUUUACAGAGGGUUGCUCAGGGAAUCAGAGAAAGACUUUUAGGCCACACGAGAGUAGAACUUUUGGAUACUUCUCUAGAUCACCAUCAGAAAAUGGAAGUGAUGGCGAAAGAGCUUGUAGCAACAGUGUUGGAGAUCUUGGGGGACCGUCUGGCAUCCAGCACAUCCAAAGCUGCUGAGGCAGGGGUGGCAGCCAAGUGGGAGGACCUGCCUCUUGCUGGAAGAGCCACCCAAGCAGACAAAUCCAAGGACACUGCAGACAGAGUACUUUCAAAGACCUCCCUUGACACACUCACCAGAGAAGUUGUUGAGAGUGUUCACUACACCUUGGAAUCCUCUGUAACUUCUCAGUUUGAGCAAGACACUGGCGGUGAGUACACUGAAAUCCUGGAGCUUCCUGGGGGAAAUGUCUCCAACAGACAAGUGCAGUCAUCCCAAACAUGUCCAAGGCAGGGCAUGGAAGCUGGACAAGGAUUCCCCAGAGCAUCUGAACAGCAGGGCCUAAAAGCAAUGGUGAAGGAGAACUUGGAAAGAAAAAGGAGCCUAAAGUCAACAGCCUUAGCCAACACUUUGGAAAUAAGGACCAUGUCAAAUCGGAUUGCUGACUCAGUAUUAGAGCGGAUCAGUCAACCAGGGCCUGCAGCAGCCCUCAACAAGAACUUUCAAGGGCCUGUUGCAAACCCACCCACAUCCCAAGGUGGAAUGGAGAGCUGUGCCACUGAGGACAUUCUCCCUACCGUGGACCCAUUGCCUUCGCAGGCCAUCCCUCCAGCCCAGGCCAGAGCACAGCACCAAGCAAAGCGCCCAAAGUUCAUCUGAUGCAAGUGAGGUGUGUGACUGGAGAGCUGAAGAGCCCUCAGACA